UCAGUGGGAUAACGGCUUAAAAAUGGAUAUUAGCUUUAAUAAUAAAAACAUAUUAUUGACUUAUGAAAUCACAGAAAACUCUACCUUUGUUAAUUGCAAGCUGAUACAGUGUCGCGGGAUGUACUGUUUACAAAAGUGCCGCAAUCGGUGAGGUGAGUUUAGCUAAUACAUUUUCAUGAACAUGGUUUAGCCCUGUAGCAAGUUGCGAGUUGACACAACAUAAAGAAGUUUAAAUUAAUCAAAAAGUUGUUUUUAUUUGCGAUAAAAUAUGAAUAAGAACUUUCCAUGCAUCGUAGUAGCUUUUUUGGGAAUUCUGUUUAAACACCUAAAGUUUUAGAUAGUUUUAGUUUUUUAGAUUUUGUCACUAUUUUGAUCCAACUGGGAAAUUAUAUUCACAAACCGUUUGUUAUAAUAGACAUACCCGUGAGGUAAGUUUUGUCAGUACAGGCACAACUGGAGAUAAAGUCAGGGUCAAGAGAAGGAUAGAGAGGGAAGAUAUGGUAAAUGAUGAUGAGAAAAAGGAAGCAAGAAAAAAGGUGACAAGGAGGUAAAAUAAUAUGUAAAAGAAAAUGAAAAGGAGAUCAAAUGAUAGGAGGAAAAGGAAAUACAGAACAGAAAAAGAAAGAGUGGUAAAGAUUGUCAAAAGUUGUCUUGGACGAAUCUCGCGCCAAAGCAACACAAGUGUAAACCUCUGGACGUUAACAAGCUCACAAUUCUGAAUAUUUCAUCAUCCUCUCAGUUAUCACUGUGUUUGUAUUUACAUAUGUGUGUGUGUUUUACAGCAGUAAAUCACUGUUGUACAAACACUGAUUGUGUUUGAAGGAGUAGGUCGUAGCUGUGUGUUUGUGUGCGUGUGUGUGUGUUCUGAACUCUUCAAGGCUUCUUGGAAAAAAAAAUCGUUGUGAUCUUUGGACCUACGUCUGAAGAUAAGAGAGACUCUGUCAGACCACUAAUGAUCAUUGGAAGGAGCUGGACAUGCAGGACCUGCUGGAUUAGUGGUUCAUCUGGCCCUGGUUAUUUUGACUUGUUGACUUACCACUCAUGUUGGAUUUUGUUGGUCAAGCAGCAGCAACAGUGGACUUCCUGACAGAUAUCUAAGAAUGUCCCGAAGGUCUUGGAUCGAGGAAACAUUCCUCAUGCGGGAUUGUGUGAAGUUUAUCCCGUCAUCCCGAGACCUUCACAGAUGUGUUCCAGUUUGUCAGGUCUGCCAGAACCUGAUCAGAUGUUGCUGCGGUCGCCUGAUUGCUGAACACUCCUGGAAAGACUCACCUCCUCCCUUCACUCUCUGUCCUGGUCCUGAACAGGAGGUGGAUCAGGACUGGUCCACAGAGCACCACACCAAAGCCAGUCCCACUAAUGCUUAUGGCACCAUUGACUUUCAGGACACUGCCACUCGGGUGUGUCGAGCCAAGUACGUCCGAGUGGCUGAAGACUCCAAAGCAGAACUGGUGCUUCAGCUAAUGUUGAAGGAGUGGCAGAUGGAGAAACCAAAACUACUGUUGAGCGUUCAUGGAGGAUUACAAAACUUUACUCUUCCUCCUAAAGUCAAGCACAGCUUCAGCCGAGGUUUGAUAACAGCUGCUCUCAGCACUGGAGCCUGGAUCUUCACGGAUGGCGUCAACACAGGUGUGUCUAAGUACGUGGGUGAGGCUGUGAAAACAUUCGGGAGUCACAAACUUAGGAAGAGAAACACAGUAGGUCUGACCUCAUGGGGUUUGAUUGACAACAACAUGGAGCUUAUUGGAAGAGAUGUGUUCAGACCAUACCAGCCUGUGGGAAACCCCCUGAGUAAGAGGGCAAGUCUCAACCGUUUCCAUUCCCACUUCCUUCUGGUGGAUGAUGGAACUCUGGGAAAAUAUGGCUGCCAGCAAGGUCUGAGAAGGAACCUGGAGAAACAGAUCCAGUUGCAGAGGAUACACCCCCGUCUAAACCACGGAGUCCCAGUUCUCUGUGUGGUGAUUGAGGGAGGUCCAGCGCUGGUGUCCACAGUGUUGGAUUACGUCAGCAGAGCGCCCCCUGUGCCCGUGUUGAUCUUUGAAGGUUCAGGCAGAGCGGCAGACCUUCUGGCCUUUUUACACAAGCAGACAGCUAACCACAGGAAGCUGGUCUCAGACAUCGAGCAGGAUUUUUUGCUCAGAAUUUCAGAUGUCUUUACGGUAGAUGCGGCAGAAGCUUCCCAUCUCUACAGUCUUCUUCUGCAGUGUAUGGACUACAGACAAGCAAUCACAAUCUUUGACUCAGAGUCAGAGGAUCAGGCUGCCCCUGACAUUUCCAUUUUAUCUGCUACACUUAAAGGAACGGGUGCCAGUCCUGCAGAACAGCUCAGUAUGACUCUGGCCUGGGACCGAGCAGACGUUGCUCAGAAAGAUGUGCUGGUGUUUGGACGCCAUUGGCAGAUGGGAUCUUUGGAACAGGCCAUGUUGGACGCCCUGCUGAUGGACCGAGUCAGUUUUGUCAAGCUACUGAUUGAUAAUGGGAUGACAAUGAGUCGCUUCUUGACUGUGGAGCGUCUGGAGGACCUCUAUAACACGCCUCAGGGUCAAACUGAUCGUUUUCUGCGACACCUUGUUGAAGAUGUUAAACAGUCCUCUCUCCCUGCAGGUUACCGUCUUUCUCUCAUUGACAUCGGCAUGGUGAUUGAGUAUUUGGUGGGAGGAGCUUAUCGCAGCACGUACACUAGGAAGAACUUCAGAGCAGCUUAUAACCGCCAGCUCAAAAACAGCACAAGGUCAUUGUCCAAUCAGAGAAGAGAUUCAACUCCAAACUCCUCAAGGAGCAGGAGUCUACAGGAUCUUCACUUCAGAACUGCUCAGCCUUAUAGGUCCAAGGACCAGGAGUUGUCCCAGAUGGGCAGCCCAGAAGCUUCCCACAGCUCUGGACUCCAUGUUCUACCCCUGCUGGUUUUUCCAUUUAACUAUAAUGAUCUGUUUGUAUGGGCAGUACUUCAGCAGCGCCAAGAGAUGGCACUCUUCCUGUGGCAGCAUGGGGAGGAGGCACUGGCUCGUGCAACGGUGGCCUGCAAAAUGUACCGGUCCAUGUCUGUUGAGGCCCGACAAAGUGGCAUGGAUGAUAAUGCCAGUGAGAGAUUUAAGGAGUAUUCACUAGAGUUUGGUCGGCUGGCUGUGGACUUUCUGGACUGUGCAUUUCACCAGAAUGAGCAGAUGGCCAUGAAGCUGCUGACCUCUGAGAUGGAGGCAUGGAGUCACUUCACGUGCCUGCAGAUGGCGGUGUCUUCAUGCCACCGAACCUUUGUCUCACACUCCUGCACUCAGACACUGCUUACUGAUCUGUGGACUGGUCCACUUAACAUGAGAAAGAACUCUGUCAUCAGGAUUAUUUUAAGCCUUCUGCUGCCCCCUGCUGUCUUCCUGCUGGAGUUUAAAAGUAAAGCUGAAAUGUGCCAUGUGCCUCAGUCUCAUGAAGUCAUGCUCUUCUCACUGGACUCAGUGAAAUCAGAUCCAAUGGUGGGUAAGGAUUCACAAGAAGGACUUGCCUCCAAUCUCAAAGGGUCGAGCUCAGGAUCAGAAAUGAAAACCUCCACAUUGACACUUUGCCUUUCCUGGAUCAAAAGACUUUAUGAGUUCUAUACUGCUCCUGUGGUCAAGUUCUGGUUUCACACAAUUUUUUACCUGGCCUUCCUCAUGUUGUUCUCCUUUGUGGUUCUGGUGAAGAUGGGGGAUCAGCCCAGUAUCCAGGAGUGGCUGGUCAUUGCUUACAUCAUGUCCAGUGCAGUGGAGAAAGUCCGAGAGGUUCUCAUGUCUGAGCCUAGGAAACUGAGCCACAAGCUGAAGAUUUGGUUCUCAGAGUACUGGAACAUAUCCGACUUUGUUGCCAUUCUGCUGUUUCUGUCUGGACUAGUUUUGCGGUGGUAUCCUGAUCCAUACAGGACAGCCGGACGGCUGGCCUACUGUCUUGACAUCAUCUUCUGGUUCAUCAGGCUAACAGAGCUCUUGGCUGUCAACCAGCACGCUGGUCCUUACCUCACCAUGAUUACCAAGAUGACCAGUAAUAUGUUCUUCAUCGUGGUGAUGAUGGCCAUUGUCCUGCUGAGCUUUGGUGUCUCCAGAAAAGCAAUCCUGUCCCCAGAUGAAGAGCCGUCAUGGAGUUUGGCCAGAGAUGUGGUUUUCCAGCCGUAUUGGAUGAUCUAUGGAGAAGUCUACGCUGGAGAGAUUGAUUCCUGUGACGAUGGUGUCCCUUGUUCUUCUGCAUCAUUCCUCACUCCUUUCCUUCAGGCCGUCUACAUGUUUUUCCAAUACAUCAUUAUGGUCAACAUCCUCAUUGCCUUCUUUAACAACAUCUACUUCGACAUGGCCUCAACCUCCAACAAACUGUGGAAGUACAAUCGAUAUCGUUACAUCAUGACCUAUCUGGAACGGCCGUGGCUGCCACCACCACUUGUUGUCCUCAGUCACCUAACCCUGGCCUUGAGCGCCACAUAUAGGACACUUAGAAGAGAUGCAGAAGCAGAGGAAAAAUACAGAGACAGAAGAUCUGGCCUGAAACUUCAUCUGUGCUCGGAGGAUCGUAAGAAGCUUCACGAGUUUGAGGAGAAGUGUGUGUAUACUUACAAGCACAAGAAGCGUGAGGAACGUGAUGGUGGCCAGAAUAAGAGGAUCAAAGCCACAGCAGAGAGAUCAGAGGAGAUGAGUAGCAUGGUGGGUGAGGUCUUAGAGAAGGUCCAGGUGAUCCAGGACAGCCUGUCGGGGCUGGAUUGUCAGCUGGGUCAACUUCAGGACCUGUCAAGCCUGGUCAUGGACACAGCAACUAUUCUCUCAGCCUCUGACUGUCUACAUCAGGAGGAGGCUCGUCUGGCUCAGUGUGGAUCCGUCUCAGCUUCUUGUCAUGUUCCGCCACCCCAGAGCAGGAGAUUUCUGCACAAAACAGGACUAGAGUAUGAAGGACAGAACCCCCAAAAGGGGAAGAACUGGGCCUUUAAAAGUAAAAGUACUCCAUCCUCUCUGUUGAAAGGGUUUCAUCUGGUUGUAAGUGGACUGCAACCAGAGGAAGACAGCAAUGAGGACAUGAAGUCUGCUGCUGCUGCUGAAUACAGUCUGGAAGCUUCUCCACCUGUAGCUUACAGCUUCUCCUCCCGUGGUCUAGGAGUUCAACAUCACUUUGGUCUAAAGGAUCAGAGUUUCCCUGUGUCCAGUGGACAUUCGUACUCUCAAACUCCUUUUGUUUCUGGACAUUUAGAGCUACCCUACCGUAAAUUUUCAAUUGGUGAGCAAUACCUGUGUCACAGCCAAGAGGAAACCUCUGUGGAGGAAGAAAAAGAAGAAUAUUUGGCAGAAAGGGAAGAAGAUGAAGACAACCAUGAAGAAGGAAGUCAAAAAGAACUGUUUCCUAACAUGACGUCAUCCAGAACCUCCAGCCACACUGUUCUUCUGUCCAAUCAUGACGACAUCUCUGAAGGUCUGGUUAACCCUGCCUUCUCUCUAGAGAACAGCCAACCAGCUCCUCUGUCUUCUGAUCAGUGUGAACGUCACCUGAAGUCUAGGUGGAACAGAAUGUCUGUCAACCACCCCUACAUAUGGUGUCGAUCUCUGUCAUCAAGUGUAGAGAACAUCACCUUCUGUGCUGCUCCUCUAUGUCCAGAGAGAGACUCCUUUCCCUCACUCUGUCGACCAAUGAGGGGUCAGAGAUUGUCAAGUGGGAGGAGCUUCAGUGACAUUAGCAAGAGCACAGAGUGGCCCAGAUCUUCUGACCUUGGUGUGGACAACAAGGAAAAGACUUCAAGCAAGAAGACGGUGAAGAUCAAGGAGGAACAUGGACUUGAUGAUGACGUGAAGCUGAAUUCAUACCAUGGCUGUUGGAGAAGGCAACGCUGGUUCAGAGGAGAACCCACAUGUUGGUCAGCAUCAACCAGCCUUAGUCAGCUUGAUUUUGAACCAAUAGAUGUGUUGCAGAAACAGAUGAUUUCUCCUCAGGACAUGUGGAGUCCCACUCAUUCAGCCUGGAACAGCUGGGCUAGGUCCAUGAGCCGCAGAUCUUCGUUACAGAACUUUAUCAAUCCUGAAGUGAAGAGUUCAUCAUUUUCCUCCAUGGACAGUUUGUUUCCACACUAUUCAGCAAUGGAGAGGAAUAACUUGAUGAGAUUGGCUCUAUCCGUUCCCUUCACUCCUGUUUCCAUCUUUGGAGGUGAAGAGGUCAGUGUCUAUACUUUACAGGAUUCAGACCCCAGCACUCUCCCCCCCUGCUGGUCAACUCAGGGGAUGUCAGCAUUGCUGCAGCCUCUUUCCAGUGAGGAGGGUUCUCUUGAUGGUGGGCUGUGUUUGGGCUGCAGAGCUCUUUGCACAUGGGCAGAGAAUGACGUACUCAGAACAGGUCUAGUCUACGUGGUCAAAGCCUUCAAACCGGAGGUGGUUCGAGUCUGGCAGAGGUAUUUUCCUGGAGACACUGCGCUGCAACUCUGUCUAAGGGAGAUCCAGCAGCAGAGAGCUGCUCAGAGACUGAUGAACAUCUUUAACCAAAUCAAACCUAACGAGGUUCAACACACACCCAGGUUUCUAGAUGUCUCUCUGAUCCAAUGGCACUCAAGCGGUCAGUGGUUUACCAUUGAGAGGAACAUGACUGGUCACUUCAGAAAGUACAAUAAUAAUACUGGAGAAGAGAUCGACCCCUGCUGUACCCUGGAGGAAACACUGCUGGCCUUCUCGCACUGGACCUACCAGUUCUCUAACAGAGAGUUGCUCGUCCUGGAUCUCCAGGGUGUUGGAGAAGAACUGACUGAUCCAACUGUGGUCAUGGCAGAAAAUCAGAGUGGAAACAGGAACGAGCUGCUGUUUGGAGCAGACAACCUCGGAGAUGCUGCCAUUAAAAGCUUCCUACAGAAUCACUGCUGUACCAGCUGUUGCUACCUACUAGGGCUGACCGAGAGGCGAAUGCACAGUGAUGUCAUCACUGAUGAUGCCAGCAGUGACAUCGGUGAUGGACAGAGCAGUCAGACCCAGGAUGAAGAAAAUGAAGAGUGACAUUUCAUCUCAGGAGGUUUGGAAAAAAGCAAACUUUGAGUGACAUAAAUCAUUUCCUCCUCAACAGGAAGUGCUCACAUUUGAAAAUAUGCAGGAAAAAGGCUUGUUCAAAUGAGCUGAAAAAUUGACCCACUCUUGUUGUUAUUUUGUUAUUUUGUACUUUUUUAUUUUGAUUGUGAACAUGUAUUUUUUGUUGUUGUUGUGGUUCUCCAGUUUGUGUUGUGAAAUAAUAUAGUCUAUUUUGGUCUGUUCUAAAUAAAUAUCAAUAAUUACACUUAGUUAAUUGUUUAUUUAUAAUAAAAUGAGUCAGUGUGUUGAUUAAAACAUAUCAAGUCUUUUU